GCGGCGCUGCCCGCUCCGCUCCAUCAUGGAGGCGGCCGCCGCAGCUGGCGCAGCUGGCGCAGCCCCGCUGCCCGCCGCCGCCCGGCCCCGCAGCCCCUGAGCCCCGCGCACCCCUCGGGCUCCAGCAUGAGCGGCGGCAGCGGGGGCGGCUCCUCGGCACCCGGCCGCUUCGCCGACUACUUCGUGAUCUGCGGGCUGGACACCGAGACCGGGCUGGAGCCGGACGAGCUCUCCGCUUUAUGCCAGUAUAUACAGGCCUCUAAAACCCGAGAUGGUGCCAGCCGUUUCAUUUCAAGUGCAACAGAAGGGGAGAACUUUGAUCAGACUCCGUUAAGACGCACAUUUAAGUCCAAAGUUCUUGCUCGCUAUCCUGAGAAUGUUGAAUGGAACCCUUUUGACCAGGAUGCAGUGGGAAUGCUGUGUAUGCCUAAAGGGCUUGCUUUCAAGACGCAAGCAGAUUCUAGAGAACCUCAGUUCCACUCUUUUAUUAUUACUCGUGAAGAUGGCUCACGGACAUUUGGAUUUUCUCUCACGUUUUUUGAGGAAGUUACUAGCAAACAGAUCUGCAGUGCAAUGCAGACGUUGUAUCAUAUGCACAAUGCUGAAUAUGACAUUCUUCAUACUCCACCCACAAAUGACAAAGAUAGCUGCAGCAGCACUGGAGACUGCAACGGCACUUCCAUUUCAAAGCUACAGCGUUUUAACUCGUAUGAUAUUAGCAGAGACACGCUCUAUGUCUCAAAGUGCAUUUGUUUGAUUACUCCGAUGUCUUUCAUGAAAGCUUGUAAGAAAGUACUAGAACAACUUCACCAAGCAGUGACUUCGCCUCAGCCACCACCUCUACCUUUAGAAAGCUACAUCUACAAUAUUCUCUAUGAGGUUCCUCUUCCUCCAGCAGGAAGGUCAUUAAAAUUUUCAGGUGUUUAUGGACCAAUUAUCUGCCAGAGGCCAAGCACCAAUGAACUACCAUUAUUUGAUUUCCCGGUUAAAGAAGUAUUUGAAUUGCUUGGAGUCGAAAAUGUGGUUCAACUCUUCACCUGUGCCCUCUUGGAAUUUCAGAUACUGCUUUAUUCACAGCAUUAUCAGAGACUGAUGACUGUGGCAGAGACCAUUACAGCACUAAUGUUUCCAUUUCAGUGGCAGCAUGUGUAUGUUCCUAUCCUUCCUGCAUCGCUCCUUCACUUUCUAGAUGCUCCUGUCCCUUAUCUGAUGGGCUUGCACUCCAAUGGACUGGAUGACAGGUCUAAGCUGGAGCUUCCUCAAGAGGCUAACCUUUGCUUUGUGGAUGUAGACAACCAUUUCAUCGAGCUGCCAGAAGACUUGCCCCAGUUCCCAAAUAAGCUUGAGUUCGUACAGGAAAUUUCAGAGAUACUAACGGCUUUUGGAAUUCCUCCUGAGGGAAAUCUUCAUUAUAGUGAAAGUGCUUCAAAGAUGAAGAGCCUCAGAGCAUGUGACCUGGUUUCUGAUAAAAGAAAUGGGAAUGUGGCGGGAUCACCUUUGAAUUCCUAUGAGCUGCUGAAGGAAAAUGAGACCAUUGCAAGACUCCAAGCACUGGUUAAAAGAACAGGUGUGAGCCUAGAAAAGCUGGAGGUGCGAGAGGAGACCAGCAGCAAAAAAGAUCUUAAAAUUCAGUGUGACGAAGAAGAAUUCAAGAUUUACCAGCUGAAUAUUCAAAUCCGUGAGAUUUUUGCCAACCGCUUCACACAAAUGUUUGCAGAUUAUGAAGUGUUUGUCAUUCAACCCAGUCAGGACAAGGAAUCUUGGUUUACAAACAGGGAACAGAUGCAAAACUUUGAUAAAGCAUCUUUCUUGUCGGACCAGCCUGAGCCUUACUUGCCCUUCCUCUCAAGAUUCCUGGAGACCCAAAUGUUUGCAUCUUUUAUUGAUAAUAAGAUUAUGUGCCAUGAUGAAGAUGAUAAAGACCCUAUUUUGAGAGUAUUUGACUCAAGAGUGGAUAAAAUUAGGCUGCUGAAUGUUAGAACGCCGACUCUGCGCACAUCUAUGUAUCAGAAAUGCACAACCAUUGAUGAGGCUGAGAAAUCAAUUGAGUUAAGACUAGCAAAAAUAGAUCACACUGCAGUCCAUCCACACUUGCUGGACAUGAAAAUUGGACAAGGGAAGUAUGAACUUGGAUUUUUUCCCAAGCUUCAGUCUGAUGUUCUGUCCACUGGACCAGCAAGCAACAAGUGGACAAAGAGAAAUGCUCCUGCACAGUGGAGGCGGAAGGAUAGACAGAAGCAACACACAGAGCACUUGCGUCUUGACAAUGAUCAGAGAGAGAAGUAUAUCCAAGAAGCCAGGAAUCUGGGCAGCACUAUUCGGCAGCCAAAGCUGUCAAACCUCUCUCCGUCAGUAAUUGCACAAACUAACUGGAAGUUUGUAGAAGGCUUGUUGAAGGAAUGCCGAAAUAAGACCAAGAGGAUGCUGGUUGAAAAAAUGGGACGAGAAGCUGUGGAGCUAGGUCAUGGUGAAGUGAAUAUCACAGGUGUAGAAGAGAAUACCCUGAUAGCCAGUCUGUGUGACCUCUUAGAAAGGAUAUGGAGCCAUGGUCUGCAAAUCAAACAGGAUAGAAGCUGUACUGCUUUCGUCUUAGAAGACAGAGCAUCAGUAUACUCUGCUUCAACUCAGAUUUGGGCCUUUCAGACCACCAGACGGCCAACCCUACAUAAGGGGAAGUCUGCUUUGUGGUCUCAUCUGCUGCAUUACCUUGAAAACAGGCAGAGGAAAACAACAUCAGGCAGCUUCAGUACCUCAGGAAUACUUCUUGAUUCAGAAAGAAGAAAGUCGGAUACCAGUCCAGGCAUGUCACCUCUCAGAAUCUCUCUGGUCCAGGAUAUGAGGCAUAUCCAGAACAUUAGUGAGAUCAAAACAGAUGUUGGCAAAGCCAGAGCCUGGGUUCGUCUCUCUAUGGAAAAGAAGUUGCUCUCCAGGCAUCUAAAACAGCUGCUUUCAGAUCAUGAACUCACAAAAAAACUCUACAAGCGUUACGCAUUCCUCCGCUGUGAUGAUGAGAAAGAACAAUUCUUGUAUCAUCUCCUGUCAUUCAAUGCUGUUGAUUACUUUUGCUUCACCAAUGUUUUCACAACAAUCUUGAUACCAUACCAUAUAUUGAUUGUUCCUAGCAAGAAACUUGGUGGCUCCAUGUUUACAGCCAAUCCUUGGAUAUGUAUCUCAGGAGAACUGGGUGAAACAGGAGUCUUGCAGAUUCCCAGGAAUAUAUUAGAAAUGACUUUUGAGUGCCAGAACUUGGGAAAGCUGACCACAGUGCAAAUAGGACAUGAUAAUUCAGGGCUGUAUGCCAAGUGGCUAGUGGAGUAUGUUAUGGUCAGAAAUGAAAUAACAGGGCAUACUUACAAGUUUCCCUGUGGAAGGUGGCUUGGAAAGGGAAUGGAUGAUGGCAGCUUAGAGAGGAUCCUGGUGGGAGAGCUGCUGACAUCCAACACUGAGGCCGAUGAGCGGCAGUGUCGAACCCCUCCUUUGCAGCAGUCACCAAGCAUGAUCAGAAGAUUGGUCACUAUAUCACCAAACAAUAAGCCAAAGCUAAAUACUGGUCAGAUACAAGAAGCUAUUGGUGAAGCUGUCAAUGGCAUUGUUAAGCAUUUUCACAAGCCAGAGAAAGAGAGAGGCAGUCUGACACUCCUGCUGUGUGGAGAAAGUGGACUUGUUUCAGCUCUUGAGCAAGUAUUUCAACAUGGAUUUAAAUCACCCAGGCUCUUCAAAAACGUCUUUAUUUGGGACUUCUUAGAAAAAGCACAAACGUAUUAUGAGACCCUUGAACAGAAUGAAAUGGUCCCAGAAGAGAAUUGGCAGACAAGGGCCAGGAAUUUCUGUCGCUUUAUCACUGCUAUCAACAACACUCCUAGAAACAUUGGGAAGGAUGGCAAGUUUCAGAUGCUGGUGUGUCUUGGAGCCAGAGACCACCUUUUGCAUCACUGGAUCGCCCUGCUCGCAGACUGCCCGAUCACAGCACAGAUGUAUGAAGACAUAGCACUGAUUAAAGAUCAUACUCUUGUGAAUUCUUUGAUUCGAGUGCUGCAGACCUUGCAGGAGUUCAACAUUACGCUGGAGGCGUCUCUUGUCAAAGGAAUUGAUAUUUGACCUCUUGUCCCACAAACAACAACAAGAACUGUGUUGAAAACACCACCGCCAACAACAAAAAGCAGCAAGGAGUGGAUCUUGUUAGUAUGCAAAAGUUCUGUCUGCCAGUACGUUGUAUCGUGAACUUGUUCAUGGCCCUAAAAUGCAACUUGGACUUUUCUUGAAGGAAACUCCAAAAAUAGUACAGGCAAAUGGAUAGAAGCUGUAAACUCAAUGUAAAAAAGAGGAUUUUGGUAUAAAUCUAUUUUAGAGUUUAUUUGCUGAUUUGCUUUUUACACACUUUCAUGUGAAAGGGAUAGAGAUGAGUAUUGUGCAGCUUAUUUUAAAGCUGCAGUAUUUCCUUGCCAUAGAAAAGGUGCAGUGAGCCUUUCAGCAUUCUGUGAACUUGCCUUCAGAUAUGCUGUAUGUCAUAGAGCCCAAUGUAUGCACUCCAUUUCUGCUGAGGAGGUCAUUCUAUAGUUUUUAAACUAAUAUUUUAUAUAUUAACAUUAUUACCAAUGUUUGAUUUUUAACGUGUUGGGUCACUGUUCUGCUGCAAGGGAACUACAGAGUCUCAUGUGUGCUUUUUAAUAGCUCCAAAGCACUGACUUGUCAACAAAUCACGUUUUCCUUUAUUUUUGUUAUCAGUAUUAUUUUUAGAGAAUUGCAGGAGACUGAACCAUGAAAUGUGCAGAGAUUGAAGUAAUAUUUUUCAUAUUGGUACACAAUUGCACAGAAGAAGUUAAGCGUGUUUUUAACUGAUGUUUUUUAUUUAUUUAACCUAUUGUUGUGUUGUAAGUUUGUCUUUAAAAAAAAUAUAUAUAUCUAUGAUACAACUGGCUUUAUUAUGUUGCAAUUCAGAAUUUACAGUGCAGCCCACUUAAAUCAAAAACCUGGAAUAUGUGUUUAUGGUGCAAAAAGUUUCCAGUUGAACCAGCCUUUUGAAGCUUGGUAUAUAGUUGCUGCUGGUAAUUCUCUUAACUGCUAAUAAGGAGGGACAUGGGUUUCCCGAAUGCUAGAUGAUUAAAGAAAGAUGUUCCUACCCCUGCAAAAUAACAACAGCAAUCCUUUUAAGAAAUCAAGAUGUAUUGAUUUGUCAAAAAAGACAGUGGGUAGUACGUUCUUUCUUUCUCUUUUGUAUGGAUGUGUCUUGUCACCGUCAGCUUCACUGGGGAUGCUUUUGUUUUUAGCAGAGAAACUUAGCCCAAUUCUGUGAUAAAACAAACAUUCUGAAGGUUUAAUUUAUUGAAGAGCUGGGAAUUGGCAAAUGCCUAAAGGCAGCGCUGUUCAUUUCAAUCCUCUGAUAAAAAUCUCUUUGAAGUGAGCUUGUGAAUUAACAGGCUGAUUUAUCAGCACCACAAAUUACUGCACAGAAAUUCAGGGCUACGUAUUUAAGAGGUCUCCACUGUAUAAACUUCUCUCAGUAUUGUCUCUCUGGAGAAGCAGAGUCCAAGUUUUUUGGAUCAUACAUUGUUGUAGUAGCUUUUCUUUACCUUCAGAUUAGUGGCGUCUUGUGUUAGUUUUAUUUCCAUAAUUUAUAAGCAUAGCACAUAUAUUAAAUUUUUGAGUAUUUUUACUUCUGUCCUAUUUAUUUCAUUAUCAAAUGGGGCUGUUACUUUAUCACUACUUUUUUUUUUUUUCAUAAAUCAGAGCAGAGUUCUGCUUUGAUUUAAUGAUAGCAUUAGAAAGGUGCAAGGGCAAUAUCCAAGCCACUCCUCAGGCUGGGUGGGUGUGAAUUCUUUCAGCCUGGGGCUUGCAGCAGCAUUUCACACAAGUAUUUUGUGUGUGCAUUUUUGCAGUCUUGGAAGGGCAAAAAUAUAACAAGUACUUUAUUCUGAGAAUUUCAUGUAUUCAACUUAACGUUUUGGGAGAAUCUUUCUAUACUCGCCCCACAUUGCUUAUUUAUAUAGUAAAGGUAGUAUAUAACACAAAAAAACCCAAACCCUACAGUGCUUUCAGCUCUAUUUAUCAUGAUUUUACUAGGCCGGUGUAUUUCACAGUGGAUACGUCUGUAUGAAAAGAGGGUUGGAUUAACCAUUUUGAUCGUAUCAUGUUAGUUGAUCCUGUUAAAACCAUAUCUGUAUCUUAGAGCAAAGUGUGGAUUAAUUUUAUCUUACAUGAGGUAGUUAACCCUGAACUAACGUUUUUAUUUAUUUAUUUGCUUGCAUUUGUUCAUCUAAUGUGGGACAAUAACACUGGCCUAAUGGCUUGCUUUGAUGUGGGUCUUUCUGGCCUCAUUACAACAGUGAGAUAUCUAGAAUGGACACAGGUCAGGGUUUGCUGGUUCCCAAGUUGUGGGCAUUCUUUGUAUAGCACGUGGGGCUGAAAUGGUCCACCAGUGACAGUAUCCUGUGUGCUGAAUGUUCAGAUGAAAGAGAUCAUCUUCCUGUCUCCUCAAUUUAUUUUCAAAGGAGAGACCAUUUUAUGAUAGAUCCUUCCUCAUGGAGAUGCAUAGCCUAAUCCCAUUAAGAUACAAAGCACUUUUUGCAGUAAUCUUUAGUGGCCGCCAAGGAAGACUGAGACAUUGAAUAUAUAGCCUUAUGGUAGCCUGGCUUCAAGUUUUGGAAAGAGAUUUGGCUGGUAUCUCUGCAGUGUGCAGUUCAGUCUCUAGUCACAGCCAUAAUCCUUAUUGCUCUUCAGUGUUUGCCCCAAGCAAACCUACUGCUCUCAUUGACAUAGCAUCAGCCCUACAGAAUUACAUUUGGAUCCAGCAUUUGUUCCUUCCGUGCCAUUUUGCUGAAUUGGAUGACAUUUAUAUAAGAAAAAAUGGUAUAGUCACAGUCUUCUACCCUUUAACUAUGUAAAAUCCAUCUCCCUUCCUAAAAGUAGCAUUGCAGAUUUUAUUUUUUUUUGGCUCAGAAAUGAGCGGUAGUAUAAUGUAACUGUAAUUAUUUGCUGUUACUAUUCUAGAAUGAGAAUUCAGGCUUGGUAGGUGUGAGUUAAUGUGGCCAUGCUCAUGGUAAUUAUUGCAGUUAUUGGGGAAAAAGAUGAAGUUUUUCUAACUCAGCACGGAGAGUCACAUUAGCACACACACAUUCUAUAGAAACAGAAAUAUAAUGGUAAAAAGGAAGUAGUUCCUAUUGCAGUAAAUGCAUAGUGCUACAUUGGCCAAACAUGUUUGCAGGCUGAUACCUGAUUUGAGGAAAAAACAGGCUGUCUCCUAUAAAUCGUUUGAUUAGUGCUAUUAGAUUUGAUGCGAAGCUUUAUACAAAGAUAAAAUGUAAAUUAAUAAAGACUUGUUUGAAAUACAGUGAGUUUAUACAAAAAGCACCUUUAUCUGCUAUAAAAUUAGCCAUCUGUGGUUAAAAAUGUACUCAUGAACUGAAGAUUUUUUUUCCAUUUUAAAAACUCAAAUUGUUAAAGUGGGACCUGCUGGUUGUGGAAGAUCCAUAUUUUGAUGUGUUCUGGAUUCAUGAACAUGUUAAGGUUUUGUUUCUGCAGUGAAAUUCAGAGUUAACUUUCUGUAUAUUGUCAAAAGAUUGUUGUCCAUAGUGCAAGAUGCUAUAGGAUACUUGAAAAUACUUGAAGAUACUGUAGAUGUACUUCUCAUCUUUGUAAAUUAUUUUAUACCUUUAGAUCGGCUGUUAGAAAAAGCAUCAAUACCUUAUAAACCGUAUAUUUUACUAAGUGGGGAAAUCACUGACUUUUUUUUUCCUUUUUUAAAUGGUGGGUGUUGAAGUUUACAUUAUGAUGGCAAAACCAGGUACUGUUUUCCUUUUUUAUUUUUCCUGUGACAUUUGAAUCCAUCAGACAUUAAAUGUGAAUUGGACAUACACAACAGUUUUACAGUUGCUGAAUUGCAAUAAAAUUUCUCUUCUAACAUGA